AUGGAGGUUGAUCAGACAAGAGAAUCACGUAGAUCUUUCAUACCGGAUCUUUUGAUACGUUUUAAGCGAUGUGUGCGCACCAGGAAGCUUCUUAAGUACACGCUGCUUAUGUUGGGCUUUGUUUUGGCGAUUGGGAUCAUAGCAACGUUCUAUAUAAUGGGAGCAGCGCCCAGCAAAGAACACCAGGACGGCGAUUCUGCGCCUAUAGAGCAGAAUGAUGAGGAGAAAAGCACGUGCAUGUGCGAAGAGACAGGCUCCGCAGAUUUCCAGCCUGCUUUUGGGAGGGCGCGAUUGGUUGCGUCCGCAGAAACAGAUACUAGCAUGAUUCUAACGGAAAUAGGGGAGUCUACCCCGCGGGAGAGCUUCAAUGCAAUAUACAAGGAGAAGAUUUUCAGCAAAAAAGACUGCAGCGACAACCUGUGCGGAAAGUGCAGGCAGUGCGGAUUCUUCAACGACGCAGAGCUGUUUUCAAAGCUUGCUGCCAGCGCAAAGACAUACGGGGCCCCAGCCCUGCUGUGCGACACAACCAGUAGCUUGACAAAGAUGCUAGACGACGUUAGCGCGCUGUACUCAAACUACAGCAAAAGGUUUGUGCAGGUUCUAGCAGAAGAGAUCGCGAACAACCGGGUCCUUCAGGUGACUUUGCAGGUGUAUGCGACAAAAAACCAGGGAAUGGAAAAAGCGCCGUUUAUGUGCAGCAUAGUUGUGGAAGGGCUUCAGAGCUGCUUUGCGCACAGAUUUAGGCUGCAAAACCUCACGAAGGCCAGCGAAGCCAGCCUUAUGGAGAUGUUUGAGCUUGCGUUUAAGUACAAGGGGUACAGCUUGCGGGCGUCGCUUAAGUCCGUGUGCAGAGCGAUAUGCGUGCUCAAGCCUGGAGAGCGCACGGAGGUGGUUCUUGAGGCUGUUUUGCUAGAUGCGCGCAAGAAAGCUGCGGACAGCAAGGGCGAGCUGGCCAGGGCUCUGGAGUCCCCCAGCGCGCAGGUGGAGUAUGCGAUUCGGUACACGAGCAGCGGGAAAGAGACAGUGCAGGAGACAGUUAAAAGGUACAAAUGCGCACACUUGUUCUCUCUCCUUGGAAGCAAUGGGCCCGAAACAGACAAAAUAAUGAUUGCGUUCUCGCCAGACCCCAUUCGGAAAGUCGAGGGUUUUUUUGACUGGGCUAUAGACGGGUUUAGAAACUUAAUUAGAAUGCCCGAAAAAGAAAAACCCAAGCCAGACCAGGGCAAAUACUAUGGAACAGAGGAGGCCUAUGCCAUCAGCAUGCUUUCUUCCUUUGCCGCGUGGAGGUACGGGCAAGAGCCUGUUCACAUAAAAGUGCUGGCUGUGCCGGGAGAGAUUAGGUCUGUCGCUGUGUGUGGAAGCGUGCUGCCCAUCUUGUGCGAGACGCAGGACGCAGUUGAGCUGGCCGAGCUGUUUGACCAGGUAAGCAUACUUGCAGGAAACGCAUGCAGCGAGUUUGUAAAAAUAGCAAGAGAUGCUCUCGAAAUGCUGAGCUACGCAAAGGAAGGAAGCCAGGCGGAGAUAGAAAUUCUGCAGAGCGGCCAGAACAUUGCAGCGUCAGUGCACAUGGAGGGGCCAGAGAAAAUUUCCGCAUGGAAAAAAUGCUACAAAUUUGUGCUUCCAUUGGGCCUUUGCAGCGCGCUGAAGGGGGACACAAAGGAGCCUUGGCUGUGCACGUUCAUGCAGGCGCUUGCCUUUGUGACCUGUGCAGAGAAGCCGGAGGACAGCAAAGGGUGCGACGAAGUUGUGCAGGUGAGGCAGUUUUUGGGGAGCGAGAAAGAGUGCGUUGCAUCCAACAAGGCGCCUGCAGAGAAGGACCAGGACGUUCUGGACUUCGUGUACAGCUACCUGGGAGACAAAGAGAGCAGCGAGAUGAAGUAUGUGGCUCUUCUUGUGGGAAAAACGCUUUUCCUAAAGUUCACGACGGAAAGCACAGAGGACGCCAAGCAGGUGCUGCACAGCACGCUCUACGAGUACACGAGCGCUGGGCUGACUGGUGCGAUCCGAAAAGCGCUGGGCUCUAACGUGUCGUUUGGGAUAUUGAAGCAGAGAGACUUUGUGGCAUGGGCCGGGGUGAAAGUGGCAUACGACGAGUACAAGCCAAGCAUGACACGCGUGUCGCUGAACGUGGUGGACUAUGCGUACUACAGGUUGUACUUCCUGGCCAGGCCAAUACUGAACAGCAUAAAAAGGGGGAACUUGGCAGAGCUCAGUCUGGCAGAUGAAAUCCCGAAUUCUGAGGAAAACUUCUGCCAAUGGCUCUCAGGCUUGGGCCGGUUUUCCAAGUUUUUGUUCUCGCACCCGCUUGUGCCCAUCAUACUGGAGGCGCCUGUAGGACACUCGCUGGCGCUGUCCAUUGAGAUGCUGGACAAAAAGGCAAAGAAAAAACAAGAGGAAACCACGUGCAAGAUACGCAUACGGUGCGGCGCCUUUGAGGAGACGGUCGAGCUGCACUACAGCGAGCUGAAUCUUUGCACUUCAAGCGACGCAGACAAGGAUAAGCCAGUUAACCUGCUUUUUGCGAGAAUACUAAACCUUCCCACUGUUAAAGAGGACCCCAGCGCAUACCUCAGCGUGAAGAUCGAGUCUCUGCUGCACUAUCCAAGCGUGUACAUCACUAUUGAAGAGCACGGAGACGCAAACGACCGUUUACACAUGGAAAAAGAGAAGAUAACGGUAAACAUCGACACAAUGAAAAAGAAUGCAAAAAUUCUUGCAACGGAUUCUGCAGAUGCAUUCAAAAUGAACACGCCCCGCAUUAUCAAUGGAAACAUAGGCGUGAUCGUGGAGAUUCUAUAG